UCUUGCUUUGUCUUCUCUCCCUUUCGUGAAACCCUAUCCACCCUUGUCGUUUGCGCACGGUAGAUUGGAAGAUCCAGGUAUGGCCGCCACGUAUGUCACCGACGUGCCCUUCAAGCGAGCUGUGAUCACCACCACCGUCACCUCCUCCGGCGCAGCCGUGGAGCGCUGGGUGGAGGAGGUGUACUCCAUGCACGGCGGCGCCCCGUACGAGAUCAUCGUCGGGCUUGACGUCGAGUGGCGCCCCAGCUACAGCCCCGCGCAGAACCCCGCCGCGCUCCUUCAGCUCUGCGUCUGCCAGCGCUGCCUCAUCUUCCAGCUCCUCCACGCCGACUACAUCCCCGACUCCCUCCUGGGCUUCCUCAUGGACAGCCAGUUCCGCUUCGUCGGCGUCGGCGUGGACGCGGACGCGGACCGCCUCGGCCGUGACUACGGCCUCCAGGUGUCGAACCUCGAGGACCUCCGCGGCGUCGCGGCGGAGGUGACGGGCAUCCCGGAGCUCCGGCAGGCCGGGCUGAUCACUCUGGCGCGCCAGGUCCUGGGCGAGAGCAUCGAGAAGCCGCAGCGGAUAAGGAUGGGGCCGUGGGAUGCCUCCCGCCUCUCCCGCGAGCAGGUCCACUACGCCUGCAUCGAUGCCUACAUCUCCAGCCAGCUCGGCGGGACGCUUCUCGACUGCGACUACUAGCAGGUGAUGCCGUGGCAAGAGGCAAGUCUUGCAGGCUUGCAUGCGAAGCGAGCUCGUCCUACACUCCAGUGCGGUAGAUUUUACUAGUAGUAGUUUUUGCUGCAUUUUAGAUCUUGUUUUCGUAAUAAUGUUUAAUUGCUCUGUCGCGUUUCU